UUCUAUGAACCAUGCAUUUAGAACAACUAUCGUGCCGGCCUUAUCAACAGUUGGAAAUACAUAGCUUUUAAAAAUUCUUGUUAUUUUAUUUAAUUAUGCGGCUUUUGGUACUUUAUGGCAGUCAAACUGGCACCGCCCAAGAUGUGGCCGAGCAGAUAUGGCGUGAGUCCCGACAAUGGGGAUUUCAGGGACCGGUACUCAGUCUGGAGGAUUACGAUAUUCAACAGUUGGUCGAGGAGCGACUCGUUGUCUUUGUGGUCGCCACCACCGGCGAUGGCAUGGAGCCCGACAAUAUGAAACAAGCCUGGCGCUUCCUACUCAAACGCAGCCUGCCUAGCCAUUCACUGAGUGGCUUACAGUUUGCCUGCCUGGGACUGGGAGAUUCAAGUUAUUCCAAAUUCAAUUAUGCUGCGAAGAAGCUGCACAAGCGUCUGCUGAAUCUGGGCGCCAAAUCCAUCUGUCCCUUGGGCUUAUGUGAUGAUCAACAUGACUAUGGCCAUUUGGGCACAUCGCUGGCCUGGACAGCGGAGCUAUGGAACACACUAAGUAACACGUUAGCUGUGCAUAAGCAAAAAGAACCGAUGAUAGUGAAGAGGUGGAACGUGCGUGUGAUUGAGCAGUCGCCUCCACUGGAUGAGGACCGCCUACAGUGGACACAGCGGCAGGAGGCACACGUGUUUAAGCUAGCUGAAAAUACACGCACCACAGCUGCAGAUCAUUUCCAGGACGUGCGUCUGCUGCGACUGGAAAGAAGCACAGAGGCCAUAAGCUGGCAGCCUGGCGAUGUGCUCGAGGUGCAGCCACAAAACAGCUGUGAACUUGUCAAAGAUUUCUUUGAUCUACUGAAGGAGCAUCAGCUUCAAUUCGAUGCCAGCACCGUGGUAGAAGUGAGCAGUGCUCACGAGGAUUUGCCUCUGUCUUUGGCUUACUCCAAGCCGCUUUCGUUGCAGCAGGCAGCGAAGUAUAUUUGGGAUCUGAGUGCCAGGCCGCGUCAAAGACUGCUUGAGGUGCUCGCCCAGAACUGCGAGGACGAAAUGGAGCGCGAGAAGCUCUUGGAGUUCUGCAGUGCCGAAGGUCUAGAAGAUUUGAUAUCGUAUGUAAACAGACCACGUCGCAUGCUGCUGGAGCUGUUGCAGGACUUCCGGCAUGCCAUGGCCAAACUAACGCUCUCCCAGCUAUUCGAGAUGAUGCCUCUGAUACAAACGCGCAGUUUUUCCAUUGCAUCCGAUCAAUCUGCCAAGACACUGGACUUGCUCGUGGCUGUCGUUAACUAUAAGACCAUAAUGCACACUCCCCGCUUGGGUCUGUGCUCGAAUUGGCUGAAGGACUUGGAGGUGGGCGUAGAGUUGCGUGCUGCCAUCAAACCGGGCACAAUGACCUGGCCGAAGGAGGUACAGACGCCCCUAAUCAUGAUUGGACCGGGCACAGGAAUUGCGCCCUUUCGCAGCAUUAUCCAAAAUCGUUUGCAUUUGCAGCAGUUGGGCCAGAAUGUGGGUCCCCUCGUUGUCUUCUUUGGCUGUCGGAACCGGUCGAAGGAUUACCACUUCGUGGAAGACUUCACGGCAUGGCAGGACAAUAACUGCGUGGAGGUACAUGUGGCGUUCUCGCGUGACCAGGAGAAUAAAGUCUACGUGCAGCAUCUGAUCAGGCAGCACGGCGCACAUCUAGCUAAACUGAUUAGGGAACAGAAUGCCUAUAUCUAUGUGGCGGGCAGCUCCAACAAUAUGCCAAAGGCGGUCAGAGAGGCAUUCAUCGAGGCACUGGACAACGAUGCGAGCUACAUCGACCAACUGAUAAAGCAAAGACGCUACCAAGAGGAAACGUGGGCCUAAGCCUAUAGACAAAUUUGCAGUUUCUUAGUUUCUAUUUGUUGGACGGACAUGUUAAAACAACAUCACGUUUUA